CUUUUGCAUAAUUUAGAUAGAAAUUUGUACUACAAACAGCCGAGACUGACAUAUCUCUCCAGGAAGAAAAAUCUCCAAAAUGGAGAUGGAACGACGGGAAGAUGUAUUCUCAGAAGUAGCCAAAAAAUUCCCAAUGAGAGAAUUCAAGAAAUUUGCCAAAUCUGAGAUCGGUCUUGUCCUUGAUCACAAUGACGUCGUAUCGAUUAUUGCGAGCAACAACUACGAAUCAGACGAAGAACAAAAAAUUCAAAUUCUUUAUCAUUGGGCAGAGAAAAAUGGAACAAGAGCAACAAAUGAAAAGCUAAGACAACUUGUUACCGACUACUUCAAAAUGGAGGAAUCUUAUGUACCUGGCGAAAGACUUGAAGACGUUUUCCAGAAGAUCGUAGAAAGAUUUGCAAAUAUCGAACAGUUCAAACGUUUUGCUCGAUCUAAGCGUGGUCUCUCACUAGAUGGUAGCAAAGUUCGUUCAAUUGACGAAGCUAAUAGCUCGUCAGGAGACAAAUGCAUUGAAAUGUUGCUGGCUUGGAAACUAAAAACUGAUUUUUUUGAAGAGUCAAAUUUAUCGGCAAAAAUAAAAAAAUUGGUUGAUGAUUAUUUUUCUGAAGAAGAAUUUAUGCCAGAAGGUGCUGAAGGUUCGAGUCAAGCAUCUACUAGUCAACAACGACAGAGUCAAGAAUCCAAUGAUGAUACUAGAAAGAAGUCUAGCACAAGAGACAAUGACGAAACAGGUCAAGACGGGCCAAGUCACGGUGAUAGCGAUGAAAAAGAAAUAAAACAAUCUCCCCAAGGCAAAAAGAAUAACGCCCAAAAGAGCGAACAAAAAACAAGCUCUGGAGGUUUAUUCGGCAUUUUCAGAGCACGUCAGCAUGUAUCGAAGUUUCAAAAGACCGUCUGCAAAAGAGCCUGGAAACAAUCAAUUGGACGAGUUACCGAAACAUACAAAGAACAAAAGCUCACGGAACCGACGUUUGAGGUAUAUCCGAAAAUAAAAAGGAUAACUCGUUUUUAUCACGGAGAAAUGGCACCGAAACAAACAGAAUACAGGAAAGAAGCUGGGUUUAGUGCUCUGCAAGAACAUGUCACUGAGGGGGUAGGAGUUUCAUUGCAAGAACUGAUUGAAACUUUCAAUGAUGAAACAGUACGACAUAUUGAACUUGUCGGUCAAGCAGGCAGCGGAAAAACCACCAUGAUGGAUAGAAUGGUCCGCGACGUAAUCAGUUCUAGUGGCUUAACCUCUAAGUGGUAUUCACCAACUGGCCUUUUCAAAAAGUUUUUCAAGAAUCGAUUUAAACUUGUUUAUUUUGUCAAUAUUCGUGACCUUGUUGACUCCGACGCAAUCAGUGCCCAAGACCUCCUGUUUGGCAACGUAAUUACCGACUUGGAUGGCAAUACCAUUGUCGAUGGAUAUCAAUGGGUCAUCGAUAAUCAAGAAGAUGUCAUUUUCUUCUUUGAUGGAUUGGAUCAGGCACCGUGGACUCUUCAAGAAUGCCACCAAAAAAUAAAGCACGGCGAAAAAGCUAGCACAGCCACCGUGAUGUCCAACGUAAUUUCUGGCCAUCUCUUCCCCAGAGUCAAAAUUGUCAUGUCUUCUCGGGAGCAUUGCAUUGCCCCACUAACUGGUAAACUUCGACCUGAUCUAAUUUACGCUUUGACAGGGCUAAGUCCUGAUGAUGCAAAAGAUCUAUUCGUAGCCUUGCUAGGCGAUAUUGGUCAACAACAGUGGGAUAAGACAAGCUCAUCUGCCCCUCUUUUAAUUCCGCUCUUUUCUGUUCCUGUUUUCUUGAUGUUCAACGCCAUCGUCCAGGCAUACGAUCUUGACAACACACCUGAUACCAUGACAGGUGUCAUGCUGCACAUCCUUCAAAUUUUAAUCGAAUCCGAGCAUAUACGCGAGAAGAUAAAAAUAGCAGAAAUCCUUCAUCAACUGCAGAAAAUCGCAUUCACUGGAACGAGUGAAAAACGCGUCGUAUUUGAGAGUAAAGAAUUGAAAGACAAUGGCAUCGACACGGAAACCAUUCGGGACAUUGUUAUCAAAGUUCCAGGCAAUUCGAUGUUUAGACAAAAUUUACUUGACGGGCAAUAUCGUUUCUUCUUUAGUCACCAGACGAUUCAAGAGAUACUCGCUGCUCUUUACGUUUGUGAGAUGAAUUUACCAGAAUUUGAAGAUUUUGUGCAUAACUCUCUUCAUCGUGAUCACUGGUCGGUAGUGCGAAGGUUUGUUUGUGGAAAUCUACUCAACGACACUCUGGCGAAGGAUGAAUUCGGUCAAUUACUUAAAAUUGACCAAAAAAACGAAAAACGGGACAUUUUGAGACGUAGCAUGGACGAGAAACUCAAACAAACACAGGAUUCGUUUUCUUUAAUGGAAAUGUUUGCCUCUCUAUACGAAGCAAAUGAUGCUGAUUUAAUCAAGGAUCACGUCAAAGUUAUCAAUUUCGAAACCACAACCAUCAACCCCAGUGGAAUGCUAGCGAUUGCAUCGGUCAUGCGACGUAGCGAAAAGCUAGAUCUCGUUCGUUUUUCCCGAUGCAAUCUGGAUAGCGAGUCGAUCGGAAUAUUGGGAAAGAAUGUCAAUAAUACUCAGCUGAAGAUUUCAAGUUUCGAAUUCACCCAAACAGAAGUCGAAAUAUCACGCGACGGAAUGAAAGAAUUGAGCUCUCUUCUGCAAUCGUUUGCUGCUGUAUCAGUCAAUAUUCAUUGCUACUGCAGUUAUGACGCUUUGCUGGCAUUUGCAGAUACUUACAAACGCGGAACGAUAAACAACUUCACUUGGAAGCCUUCAAGCAUGAUAAGCGCAGAAGUAUUUAUUGAUAUUUCUGCGUUUGUUGAAUCUCAUGUUGAUAAGUUCGUAACAAACAAUCAAAAAUCAUUUGAUGAGGAUGAUAUCGGAAUCCUCAGUAGGAGCAAAGGAUCAAAAAAGCUGAAGAAACUUAACGUCGAGAGAAACAGAUCUUUGGGAGUGCAAGGUGUUUCUCAGCUCGCAUCUGUCGUUUUACAAUGUGAAGUGGAAGAUGUUAUUAUGAACAGGUGCGAACUGACAGCUGAAGCAAUGGAAAGAUUCAAAAACAAUACUCGUGGUGCCAAGUUGAAGAAACUUGAUGUCAGGGGAAACAGAGAAUUGGGAGUGAAAGGUGUUUCUCAGGUCGCAUCUGUCGUUUUACAAUGUGAAGUCGAAGAUGUUAACAUGAUCUUGUGCGGACUGACAGCUGAAGCAAUAAAUGGGUUCAAAAACAAUACUCGUGGUGCCAAGUUGAAGAAACUUGACGUCGGGGAAAACAGAAAAUUCGGAGUGCAAGGUGUUUCUCAGCUCGCAUCUGUCGUUUUACAAUGUGAAGUGGAAGAUGUUAACAUGAGCUGGUGCGAACUGACAGCUGAAGCAAUGGAAGGAUUCAAAAACAAUACUCGUGGUGCCAAGUUGAAGAAACUUGACGUCUGGGGAAACAGAUCCUUGGGAGUGGAAGGUGUUUCUCAGGCCGCAUCUGUCGUUUUACAAUGUGAAUUGGAAGAUGUUAACAUGGGAUAUUGCAAACUGACAGCUGAAGCAAUGGAAGGAUUCAAAAACAAUACUCGUGGUGCCAAGUUGAAGAAACUUGACGUCUGGGGAAACGAAUCCUUGGGAGUGGAAGGUGUUUCUCAUCUCGCAUCUGUCGUUUUACAAUGUGAAGUCGAAGAUGUCAACAUGAGCGACUGCGGACUGACAGCUGAAGCAAUGGAAGGAUUCAAAAACAAUACUCGUGGUGCCAAGUUGAAGAAACUUGACGUCGAGGGAAACAGUACUUUAGGAGUGCAAGGUGUUUCUCAGCUCGCAUCUGUCGUUUUACAAUGUGAAGUGGAAGAUGUUAACAUGGGAUAUUGCGGACUAACAGCUGAAGCAAUGGAAGUAUUUAAAAACAAUACUCGUGGUGCCAAGAUCAAUAGACUGAGUCUAUCCGACACGUGUUUUAUUACUUGGAAAAACGAAGAAAUAUCAACAAUAACUGAAAUCGUUCGUCAAUGUCAGGUUAAAACGUUGGUGGUGGAUACUGAUAAUUUCAAAGAUAGUAUGUUGGAAAGGUUCAAGAAAGUGAUUGCAGAAGCCGGUGCCGAUCUCGAAUUGGAAUAA